UGGUUCACAGACUGAGCGGACGAGCAGCAGAUGUGUUGAGUACUCAAAAAUGGAGAGCGAUACCGCUGUACGGCGACUAAAACCUCUUGGCACUCAGCGUUAUGGUGCUCAAAACACAGAGGGACCCCGAGACCGGUGCGAAGACAACGGCUACAGCAGUGACCCCAAGAGGAAGCCCGAAGUGAGCCUGGAGCUGCUGCGGGAAGGGCUGACAGCCUCCCUGGUGUGUGUGUUUAUUUUGUUGCUGUGGACACUUGUUCAUUUGUCAUUGCAGCAGCUUGUCAUCGGAAAACCCACCGGCGAAUUUAACGCAGUGAGAGCCAGACAACACCUGGAGAAGAUCACCAGCGUUGGCCCUCGCCCGGUGGGCAGUCAGGAGAAUGAGGUCCUGACCGUGAAAUACUUGUUGGCGGAGAUAGAGAACAUUCGAGAAAAGACAGCAGCAGGGCCUCAUCAGCUGACAGUAGAUGUGCAACAUCCCACUGGCUCUUUCUCCAUUGACUUUCUUGGAGGUUUCACAAGCUUCUAUGACCAUGUCACCAACAUUGCUGUCAGGCUGGAGCCAAAGGGCGGCGCCCAGCAUUUCAUGCUCGCCAACUGCCAUUUUGACACAGUGGCCAACAGUCCAGGUGCCAGUGAUGAUGCAGUAAGUUGUGCUGUUAUGCUGGAAGUCCUCCAUUCUCUGGCAAACCAGCCCACUCCUCUUCUCCAUGGUGUCAUCUUUCUCUUUAAUGGAGCAGAAGAAAAUAUAUUGCAGGCCAGUCAUGGUUUCAUCACACAGCAUCCUUGGGCUAAGCAGGUACGGGCUUUCAUCAACUUGGAGGCUGCAGGUGUUGGAGGCAAGGAAGUUGUUUUCCAGACAGGCCCAGAGAACCCGUGGCUCGUUCAGGCCUACGUCAACGCAGCAAAACACCCCUUUGCCUCCGUGGUAGGCCAGGAAGUCUUUCAGAGUGGCAUCAUUCCCUCCGACACAGACUUCCGCAUAUACAGGGACUUUGGUCACAUCCCAGGGAUUGAUCUAGCUUUCAUUGAAAAUGGUUUUAUCUACCACACCAAAUAUGACACUGCGGACAGAAUCCAUACAGACUCGAUACAGAGAGCCGGUGACAACAUCCUGGAUGUUCUCAAGUACCUGUUAAAGUCAGAGAUGCUGGCUGAUUCCUCAAAGUAUCGUCAUGGCAACAUGGUGUUUUUUGACCUGCUUGGGGUGGUCGUGGUGGCUUACCCAGCUCGUGUAGGCACCAUCCUCAACUACGUGGUUGCCACAGCCACCUUCCUCUAUCUAGCCAAGAAGGCUUCCCUUCCUGGCAGCGGAGGUACGCGCUAUGUUCGUGACCUGGCCUGUGCCACGGGCGUUGCGGUGCUCAGCUGGUUCAUCACCCUGCUGUCGGUGCUAAUCGUAGCCCUUCUCGUCACUCUGCUGGGCCGCUCCAUGUUCUGGUACACGCACUUCUACGCUUCCAUUUGUCUGUACGGAGCUGCUGCCACCGGAAAGAUGAUCCUUAUCCACACACUGGCCAAGAACUUGUACUAUGGGGGCGUCCGUCUGGUGGAGCUGGGUGAUCUUUAUUUUGAUGUGAGCUUGCUGCUGUGGUGCUGCAGCCUGGUGUGGCUGACCCAUCUGGGCCUGUGCUCCGCCUACGUGCCCAUGCUAAUGGUUGCUUUCCCGCUAGUCACCAGACUGCUACUGGCAAGAGAAUUUAAACACAGAGGAGCAUCUUUUAAAUACAGCGUGCUUUACCUCCUGGGCCUGGCCCUACCCUACGUCCACUUCAUGUUUCUCAUUUGGGUGGUGUUUGAGAUUUUCACCCCCAUCAUGGGUCGCAGUGGAACAGAGAUACCUCCUGAGGUGGUGAUGGCCUCUUUAGUAACCUUGGCAACCAUCUUCCUCUCCUCUUUUUUUCUGCAUUUCAUCUACUUGGUGAAGAGCACAAAGUGGAUCCUGGCCGGUCUGGGUUCUGUCUUCAUCAUAAUCUUCCUGCUGGUCGCUGGAGGCCUCUUCUUUCCUUAUUCGGACAGUCCAGACAGCCCACGGCCAAAGAGAGUCUUUCUGCAGCACACAAGUCGGACCUUCCACAAUCUCCAGGGCCAAGUAGAGAGCCAAGACUCCGGCCUCUGGAUAAACAGCUUUGAUUUCACGGGCAUGCAGCACGUCACACCCCACAUCCCUGAGAUCAACGACACCGUCCGGACGCACUGCCAGGAGGACCGACCCUUCUGCGGUUACCCCUGGUUCCUUCCUGUGAAGUUCCUUAGCCGGAAAAAUUGGUACCUUCCUGCCGCUAAAGUGUCUCCAAGGUCUCCUGUGGAGUUCCGCCUGCUUUCCAAAGAGGAUACAAGCUGGGGAACCGUCAAGAUGAUGUUCAGUGUGAAAGGACCCUCCCACAUGUCUCUGUAUCUGAUGCCCCACCGAGGGGCCAGCCUCUCCACCUGGUCGUUUGGAGAUGGGACGCCUCAGUUUGACCUGAGCGGAGAAUAUUUUAUCUUUUAUUCCCACGGCAUCAGUACCACCGGGUGGACCUUUUGGUUUGAAAUACAGCCUCCCAGCGAACCGGAUCCAGCCGGCCCUGAGGGGAUGAUCUCAGUUGCCCUUUCUUCCCACUAUUUCUUUGGUGAAGACCAAAGGACUGCUCAACUGAAGGACAUCCUCCAGAAGUUUCCCACAUGGGCUUUUCCCUCUUCUUGGGUCAGUACUUACGACAUGUACCGAUACUGAGGACGUCACACAUCACAGAGGUGGAUACAGAGGAGAGCCAGGGGCCUUGGGAGGGGGAACCCCCGAGACAUUUCAAAGAAAGAUACGGAGAACUGGCCCAGCUGCCUUUAUAUAUACACACACACACACACACACACACACACACACACACACACACACACACACACACACACACACACACACACACACACACACACACACACACACACACACACACACACACACACACACUGACCCAGCUUUGCCUGAGAGACCUCCAUCACUGUGUCAGUAGGAUUAGCAGCUAACUGAGACAUGAAGAGGUAAGCUGAGCAGUCAGCCUGCAGACAGACACUCAGGCUCCCACACGCCUUGUGCUCACUCCUGGGUUGGCGAAACAAAGGAGUUUACCUUUUUUAUUUUUAUUUUUUUUCUACUCAAAUCAGUUGUGCCUUUUAUUUCCUCACUAUGACCCCCUUCCCCGUGUCACUCACCUCUUCUGCUAGCACUCCUGUCAAAUGAUUAGUAUGGCAUGUACAUCUCCCCUCCUCUCUAGUCCGCUGUCGUCAGACUGAAUGCAUAUAAAGCCUCCUCUGGAAAACAAAACAAGAAAUAACACCCCUACCACUAUCUGCACUGUAGGUGUAGUAACAUACUGAUGAGUAACAAAGAUCGGUUUCUGUUUAGCUCAUAAAUUGGCACACUUAAUAAUUUGAAAGUCUGUUUUAUGUACCCUCUAUACUUGGAGGAAGUAGGUUUUACAUUAGCAAACAAGUUAACUGUGAAAAUGCUCAUCAUUCCUAACCACAAGAGCAUAUUUGUGCAAAAUGUCCGAGGACGUGGAGUGCAGGAUGCCGAAAAUUGUGCUUGUUAAACAAAUGCAUCAGGCUAAAACCACAAUGGCUUUCCUUAGAACAGUAGCUCUCCUUAGAGGAAGAGGAAAAUACUGACUCUUGUCUGACACCUUGGAGCAUUUCACUUGACGUGUUCAGGGUCGCCUGUUUGACAAGACUUGGAAGUGCAAAGAAACGAGGACAAUCCUGUGAUCUGAAGUGACUCCCUGACUCCAGGUGGCUAUGUGGGAAAACCAGCAAUGCAGCUCUGCAGUCAGACUGCACCACGUUCAUGUUGUUCUGUUCCACACUGAAGUGACGCUUAGCUGCAGUUGCUCUUACUGUAAUUAUAGUUAUACUUUUGUAAAAACUUGACUUUGCUAUGAGGGGUCUCCAGCAGCAGCUGUUACAUCUUUACACCUGUGGAGAUAAGACUCUAUGAGGAAUUACCUUAGUCCUUUGAUCUUUUGUUUCCCCUCAUUUGUUUCAGUUUUGUUCCAUGUUUUCCAAAAUAUGAAAAAUUUGAUUUAAAAAAUCUGUAUCUGUCCUUGUUGAUAAAUUAACGGUUAUAUACAGGGAUGCCCGGGAGAAUAGAGGGGUACAUUUGAUAUGCACUUUGCAAAAGUGGCUGGAUUUGAAAAACAACUGGUCUAAUAUUUCAGAUAUCUUGAUCAUAAAGUUCCGUCUUCGGGGUUCGAUCCCCGGCCUGACGUCUCCCUGCUCCAACUGGCAUGACUUGAACUAGAGGGUCUUUUUUUGUGUUUGUGCGUCUGGGAAUGUAAAAAUGUAAAACGAUCCACCGGUGCUUCUGGAGGGAGGCUGCGGUGUUAACUAAUAAGUGCCCACGUGUUUUUGUGUUGGGUGUUUUAUUUGUUGUUUUUUUUGGUCCACUUUUACACCAUCAAUGCAGUUCUUGAGACCUGCUUUACAUGUGUCAGCAUGGUAACGCACCACUACCUCCACAGUGAUCAAACAUUAAUGUCCAACACCAAGAUUACGCUUUUUAAAGCUCUUAAGGAUGAAUGUUUAUAACUAAAGUUGAUGUGUAGCUGACUGAGGCCUCCUGUUAUUAAAAGGGGAGAUUAUUCUGAUGGGCUCCCAACAAUUUCAGCAUAUUUGUUCACGGGGUGACCCUCACACGCCGUUUCAUGUAAUCAAGGGUUAAAUUCCAGUUAAGUUUAUGAAAUCUGACAAAGAACAUACUUGUGAUCUCAAAAACUGUUGUUUUGUGUAAGUGAACAUAGGGCUGGGCGAUUUUGGACAAAAAUAAAAUCCCGAUUUUUUUCUCUGAAAACCCGAUUUUCGAUUUCGAUUUUUUUGGUAAAACUACAAAAGACAAUGGAAUAAAUUGUUUCAAAUAUUUUAUCUUUAUUUUUAAAGAAAAAUAGCAAACAAAUUUCCCUAUUGGGAAUGAAGUGCAAUUGAAAGAUACUGUAAAUCCCCCUUGAGUUUAGUAAAGUGAUCUGUCUGUAAUGCAGCCAGCUGCAAAAAAGGAAAAUCGAUUUUCCGAUUUUCCUUUUUUAACAUCGAUUUUGAUUAAUAAAUCCGAUUUAGAUUUAAAAUCGAUUAAUCGCACAGCCCUAAGUGAACAUCACAGUCUUAAACAAAUACCGUAGUCUUUGUUUUUAAUGCACUAUUUGGGCAAAAGUGACGACACAACCACCAGGUCCAUGCUGAAGCUUUCUUGGAGCUCCUGAUUGCGUUAAACAGACUUUUCCCAGAAUUAAUUUCUGGAGAAGCUGGUGUGAUUUAAUCGGAAGAUAAGCUUUGUGGUUAUUCUGUCAGAAGUCAUUGUUCUUAUCAGCUUUCUGCAGACGCGUUGCUGGCGCCAGAGUUGCUUAAAAAAACUUUUGACUACAAGGUGACAGGAGUUUUGAUGUUUGACUAAGAUUAAAAACACUUUCUCUGUCCACGUUUUAGGCGUAAAUGGUUUGCAACAGCAACUCCACUAGAAAACGUAAUGUAGGGAACACCAGUGUGGCCUCUUGAAAUAUUUAGUAAUGCACGUUUGGGAGAACAGAAGAGGCUACUCCGCUGUUAGUACCGGAGACACAAAUAUGAACAGCAGCCAGCAGGGUUAUUGAUUAUCAUUGAACUUUAUAGCUGAUGUCACAGUUGGGGACAAAAGUCAACUACUAUAUGUCUUCAAAGCCAGCUUGGUGGUGCACAAAAGUGGACCAGAGCCGGAUUUUAAAUGACAAAUGUGCAGAAAACUCUUCAGUUAUUAUGCAAACACUCAAAAAGAAAAAAAGAGCUUUGUUUUUUUAAUCGAAAGACGAGUCACUGAACAUUUCAAGCUGUGGCAGAGAUUUUACUGUCUGACUUUAUAUGUGUAUAAUGAAGAGUGUGAUUGUGGAUGAAUAACACGGGAUGAGCUGCUGUUGCUGCGGGACCGAUCCGGACCGGCUGAACGGGGAGAAGUUUGACAUAAAUGCUGUGAAAUGACUCCUAAGCUGCUAGAGAGAUUCGUGUAAAAUACAAACUUCUGUUAAAUGAACUGAAUUAAAAUGGUAACUUAGCGACAGAAUCUAAUGUAUUGCUGUAACUGACCAAGCACUGCUCGGUGUAGACUAAUUUCUUUUUCUUGUCUGUCGGACUUUCACAUGAGGAACCAACUGGAACACGUCUAAAUGUGGAUGUUUGUCAGUUUUAUUAUUCAUGUUAAAUUUGUUGAUGAUCUUAACCUUUUGUUUGUUAAACUGAUCAUUUUGUCAUUGUUGGUGUUGAUUAUUUGGAUGGUUGGGAUUCAUCUGGUUAACAGGAUAUCUGUUAAAUGGGAAGGAUGAUUUAUUAUGCAAAAAGCUUGAUUUAAUUAAGCACUUGCGCAACAAUUAAAAUGCUUCUUUAAUAUUU